AUUUGAUAUACUCGGUAUGGCGCUUGCGUCUGUUAACUAACAUAAAUGCUUGAUGCUCGAUGGUGAUUAUCUAUACGGUAAUUUCGGUAUAUUGCUCCUUGGUUUUCAUUGACUUGAGAUGCAUGCUAGAUGCUGGACGGUGACUAUAUAUACUCCUGUCUUGCCAUCACCUUUCAGAGAUAUGCUUCAUCAUCUUCUAAUUCCAAUUCAUUUCAAGGAUGAGACUGCAACUUAUUGCCGCUUGCUUUGCGGCAAGUGGCUUGCCCUUGGUAGCGGCGCAAACGGCGCAAGAACUUCUUAAUUCAGUGUUAAACCCCGACCCAGGCUCAUCAACCUAUGCAUCCUACUCGACGGAGAUCUAUUAUAAUGCGACUCUUUACAACCAGACAACCCAAAUUUCGACCAGCUACUACAAGCUGGAAGCUUCCGCCAAGCUACGGCUGCCUCCAGCUGCGUACGAUUAUGCCGCAGGUGGUGCUGGAUUGGAAACGACCGUUGCAGCGAAUCGAGCGGCUUUUGACAAUUGGAGCAUCGUUCCUCGAGUAAUGCGUAACAUACUCCCGAAGCGGAACCUUACCACUACGCUCUUCGGCAAGAGUCUACCGGCACCCAUCGUCAUGGCUCCCGUGGGAGUGCAGACGAUGUUUCAUCCGGAUGGAGAGCGUGCCACAGCAAGUGUAUUUGGGGAGCUAGGACUGCCGUAUACCUUGAGUACAGCAUCUAGUACCGGCUUUGUAGACGUCGCUGAGGCCAAUGGGGACAAUCCGAGAUGGUAUCAGCUUUACUGGCCCACCGACGACGACCUGACCAGAUCUUAUCUAAAGUCGGCAAAGGAGAACGGAUACGACGUUCUGGUUGUGACGGUGGACACUUGGGACUUAGGGUGGAGAACCCGCGACCUGGACCGGGGGUUCUUCCCCUUUAUUCGAGGCAUCGGAGUUCAAAUUGGGCUCGAGGAUGCCUGUGCACAUGAAAAGUUGGGGUUCAACCCCUUGUCGCCCAAUGCAACGGACGAACAAAAGCAGAUGGCAGCACUUUAUCACGUUAUUUCGACAUCCAGGGGGGUCUCCCCGAUAUGGGAAAACCUGCCCAAACUGAGAGAAUUUUGGGGCAAGGGACCAAUCGUGCUUAAAGGGAUACAGUCGGCAGACGAUGCGAAGAAAGCUGUGGAACAUGGAGUCGACGGGAUCAUCGUGAGUAAUCAUGGUGGUCGCCAAAUUGAUGGGGCCAUCGGCUCCCUUGACGCCCUAUAUGGAAUUUCGAAAGCAGUUAAAGGCAAGAUCACUAUAGGCUUUGAUGGCGGUAUUCGUUCAGGAGCAGAUAUAUUUAAAGCACUUGCGAUUGGUGCCGACUUCGUUCAGAUAGGUCGGCCAGUUCUAUGGGGGUUGGCUCAUGAAGGAGCAGUCGGCGUUCGGCAUGUGCUGAAAUCUCUGCUUGCUGAAUUCGAUUUGACACUGGGUCUGUCGGGCUGUAAGAGCGUUCAGGAGUUAAACCAGUCUUUUCUCGUUGCUAGGUAACUAACCUUGGCCUAUAUUUUCUGGACAAUGGCUUUGAUUAAAGCAACAAUCAUUGUCUAUCCGUCAGGUGAUGCACAUUAAGUGAUACAUUCCUAAUCGGGAAUGUACCCUUAGCUAGCUAUAAAUAGUCCUAGAUUAUCCUUCCGAUGAUAG